AUGCGUCCCGAAAUCGAGCAGGAGCUGGCUCAUACUUUGCUGGUAGAACUUCUGGCCUACCAGUUUGCAUCACCGGUAAGAUGGAUUGAGACCCAGGAUGUCAUACUGGCAGAGAAGAGGACAGAGCGGAUCGUGGAAAUUGGACCGGCAGAUACGCUGGGUGGAAUGGCAAGACGGACCCUUGCGUCUAAGUAUGAAGCAUAUGAUGCUGCCACUUCCGUGCAGCGUCAAAUACUUUGUUACAAUAAGGAUGCCAAGGAGAUCUAUUACGAUGUAGAUCCCGUGGAAGAAGAAGAAGCGCCUUCAGCAGGAGAGGCUGCGGCCAAUGCUCCUGCGGCCAGUGCUCCUGCAGCUGUAGCAGCCCCAGUGGCAGCUCCACCUCCCAGUGCUGGACCUGCAGCAGCAAUCGAGGAUGCUCCGGUUACAGCUGUAGACGUGCUGAGGACACUAGUGGCGCAGAAGCUGAAGAAGAGCUUGGCGGAUGUGCCCUUGAGUAAAGCUAUCAAAGAUCUGGUUGGAGGUAAAUCUACUCUGCAGAAUGAAAUCCUGGGAGAUUUGGGUAAGGAAUUUGGUUCUACGCCCGAGAAGCCGGAAGAUACACCUUUGGACGAACUGGGUGCCUCUAUGCAGGCCACUUUCAAUGGACAAUUGGGCAAACAGUCUUCCUCCCUCAUCGCUCGCCUGGUCUCUUCAAAGAUGCCGGGAGGAUUCAAUAUCACUGCUGUUCGCAAAUACCUAGAGACGAGAUGGGGUUUGGGUUCUGGUCGUCAAGAUGGUGUCCUUCUCCUUGCCCUCACUAUGGAGCCACCCUCUCGAAUCGGCUCUGAGGCUGAGGCCAAAUCCUACCUUGAUGAUGUCGUCAACAAAUACGCUGCCAGUGCAGGCAUCAGCCUUUCAGCCCCUACAGCUGGUGGUGAUGGAGGAGCGGGUGCUGGAGGCAUGCUUAUGGACCCGGCUGCGAUUGACGCCUUGACUAAGGACCAGCGGGCAUUGUUCAAGCAGCAGCUGGAGAUUAUUGCGCGCUACUUGAAGAUGGAUCUACGUGCUGGUCAAAAGGCAUACAUCACAUCACAAGAGUCCCAGAAGGCUUUGCAAGCACAGCUGGAUCUUUGGCAGGCUGAGCAUGGCGAUUUCUACGCUUCCGGUAUUGAGCCAGCAUUUGAUCCCCUGAAAGCUCGUGUAUAUGAUUCCUCCUGGAACUGGGCACGCCAGGAUGCUUUGAGCAUGUACUACGACAUCAUCUUCGGCAGACUCAAAGUCGUUGAUCGUGAAAUCGUGAGCCAGUGCAUUCGCAUUAUGAACCGUUCAAACCCGUUGCUUCUUGAAUUCAUGCAGUACCACAUUGAUAACUGUCCCACUGACCGGGGUGAGACAUAUCAAUUAGCCAAGGAACUUGGCCAACAGCUCAUCGAAAACUGCAAGGAAGUUUUAGGCGUUGCUCCUGUCUACAAGGACGUCGCUGUACCUACCGGGCCUCAGACGACGGUUGACGCCAGAGGAAAUGUCGGGUACAAGGAGGUUCCGCGGGCCAGCGCUCGCAAAUUGGAACACUACGUCAAGCAGAUGGCGGAGGGCGGCCCCAUUUCCGAAUACAGUAACCGUACAAAGGUGCAGAAUGAUCUGCGCAGCGUUUACAAAUUGAUCCGCAGACAACACCGCUUGUCUAAGUCGUCUCAACUUCAGUUCAAUGCCUUGUACAAGGAGGUAAUCCGUGCUCUCAGCAUGAAUGAAAACCAAAUCAUGCCACAAGAGAACGGUUCUGGAAAGAAGUCCACUAGGAACGGUGUGAAGCGCAACGGCAGUCCUCGCACUGGCAAGGUGGAGACAAUCCCUUUCCUGCAUCUCAAGAAGAAGUCGGAACAUGGCUGGGAUUACAACAAGAAGCUUACGGGAGCUUACCUGGACGUUUUGGAAUCUGCUGCGCAGGGUGGUCUCACCUUCCAGGGAAAGAAUGUUUUGAUGACUGGUGCUGGUGCUGGCUCUAUCGGAGCAGAAGUACUGCAAGGUCUCAUCAGCGGUGGCGCUAAGGUCGUUGUCACGACAAGCCGCUACUCCCGGGAGGUCACCGAGUACUACCAGGCGAUGUAUGCCCGGUACGGUGCUCGUGGUUCACAACUUGUUGUGGUACCUUUCAACCAGGGUAGUAAGCAAGAUGUGGAAGCACUUGUAAACUAUAUCUACGACACCAAGAAGGGACUUGGCUGGGACCUGGAUUUUGUUGUUCCGUUUGCCGCAAUUCCUGAGAACGGACGCGAAAUCGACUCUAUUGACUCAAAGUCUGAACUGGCUCACCGCAUUAUGUUGACGAAUCUCCUUCGGCUCUUGGGCUGCAUCAAGACCCAGAAGCAGAGCAACGGUUUCGAAACUCGCCCAGCUCAGGUCAUCCUUCCCCUAUCACCUAACCAUGGUACAUUCGGAAACGACGGUCUGUACUCGGAGUCCAAACUCGCUUUGGAGACGCUCUUCAACCGCUGGUACUCGGAGAACUGGAACAAUUACCUCACCAUUUGUGGUGCUGUCAUCGGGUGGACGCGUGGCACCGGUCUAAUGAGCGGCAACAACAUGGUUGCUGAAGGGGUUGAAAAGCUGGGCGUCCGCACAUUCUCACAGCAAGAAAUGGCCUUCAACUUGCUUGGUCUUAUGGCGCCUGCGAUUGUCAACCUUUGCCAACUUGACCCUGUCUGGGCUGACCUUAACGGUGGUCUCCAGUUCAUCCCUGACCUGAAAGACCUUAUGACGAAGCUCCGCACUGAUAUCAUGGAGACAAGCGAUGUUCGCCAGGCAGUGAUCAAGGAAACCGCAAUUGAAAACAAGGUUGUCAAUGGCGAAGACAGUGAAGUCCUCUAUAAACGGGUCAUUGCUGAGCCUCGUGCCAAUAUCAAAUUCCAGUUCCCUACUUUACCCAAUUGGGAGGAAGAUGUGAAACCGCUUAAUGAGAACCUUAAAGGCAUGGUCAAUUUGGACAAGGUUGUUGUCGUCACCGGCUUUUCGGAGGUUGGACCUUGGGGUAAUUCUCGCACCCGCUGGGAAAUGGAAGCCUAUGGCAAGUUUUCUCUCGAAGGCUGUGUCGAGAUGGCGUGGAUCAUGGGCCUUAUUAAACAUCAUAAUGGUCCAUUAAAGGGCAAGGCCUACUCGGGAUGGGUCGACGCGAAGUCCGGGGAGCCUGUGGACGACAAGGAUGUCAAGCCGAAGUACGAGAAGUUCAUCCUUGAACAUUCUGGUAUCCGGCUCAUUGAGCCCGAGCUAUUUAAGGGCUACGACCCCAAGAAGAAGCAGUUACUCCAGGAAAUUGUCAUUCAGGAGGACCUGGAUCCGUUCGAAGCUUCUAAGGAAACUGCGGAGGAGUUCAAGCGCGAACACGGUGAAAAGGCGGAGAUUUUCGAAUUGCCGGAGUCCGGCGAAUUCACUGUGCGUCUCAAGAAGGGAGCCACUCUCCUAAUCCCGAAGGCCCUCCAGUUCGAUCGCCUGGUUGCCGGUCAAAUCCCUACUGGUUGGGAUGCCAAGAGAUACGGAAUUCCUGAUGAUAUCAUUGAACAAGUUGAUCCAGUCACUCUGUUUGUUCUUGUCUGCACUGCUGAGUCAAUGCUUUCAGCUGGUAUCACCGAUCCUUAUGAGUUCUACAAAUAUGUUCACUUAUCCGAAGUGGGUAACUGUAUUGGUUCUGGUAUCGGAGGCACCCACGCACUGCGAGGAAUGUAUAAGGACCGCUAUCUGGACAAGCCCCUUCAGAAGGAUAUCCUGCAGGAGUCCUUUAUCAACACAAUGAGUGCCUGGGUCAACAUGUUACUCCUGUCCUCUACAGGCCCAAUCAAGACACCGGUGGGUGCUUGCGCCACGGCAGUCGAAUCCGUUGACAUUGGUUAUGAGACGAUCGUGGAAGGAAAGGCCCGCGUCUGCUUUGUUGGAGGAUUUGAUGACUUCCAGGAAGAAGGGUCAUAUGAGUUUGCCAACAUGAAGGCUACCAGCAAUGCUGAAGAUGAGUUUGCCCACGGUCGCACCCCACAAGAAAUGUCACGACCCACAACUACCACUCGUGCUGGGUUCAUGGAGUCCCAGGGCUGCGGUAUGCAGCUCAUUAUGAGCGCCCAGCUUGCGCUGGAUAUGGGCGUACCCAUCUACGGUAUCAUUGCGCUGACGACCACGGCUACCGACAAGAUUGGCCGGUCCGUUCCCGCCCCCGGACAAGGAGUUCUCACUACGGCACGAGAGAACCCUGGCAAGUUCCCAUCUCCAUUGUUAGACAUCAAGUACCGUCGCAGGCAGCUUGAUCUACGCAAGAAGCAGAUCAAGGAAUGGCAGGAGUCUGAGCUACUGUACCUUCAGGAAGAAGUCGAGGCUAUGCAAGCCCAAGCCUCGGAAUCCUUCGACAUCUCUGGUUACAUGCAAGAGCGGGCUCAGCACAUCGAACGCGAGGCUGUUCGACAGGAGAGGGAUGCACAAUUUAGCUUUGGAAACAACUUCUGGAAACAAGAUUCUCGCAUUGCUCCUCUUCGUGGUGCUCUCGCUACUUGGGGUCUUACCGUCGAUGACAUUGGCGUUGCUUCCUUCCACGGCACCUCUACAGUUGCCAACGACAAGAACGAAUCCGACGUCAUUUGCCAGCAGAUGAAGCACUUGGGCCGUAAGAAAGGCAACGCCCUUUUGGGAAUUUUCCAAAAGUAUCUCACUGGACACCCCAAGGGUGCUGCUGGCGCCUGGAUGUUCAACGGUUGUCUACAGGUUCUUGAGAGCGGAUUGGUUCCCGGUAACCGAAACGCGGAUAAUGUAGACAAGGUGAUGGAGAAGUUCGAUUACAUUGUGUACCCGAGCCGCAGCAUCCAGACGGAUGGCAUCAAAGCCUUCUCUGUCACGUCGUUCGGUUUCGGCCAAAAGGGUGCACAGGUCAUUGGUAUCCAUCCUAAAUACCUCUUCGCUACGCUGGACCGGGCUCAGUACCAGGCCUACAAGGCAAAGGUAGAGGCCAGACAAAAGAAGGCAUAUCGCUUCUUCCACAAUGGCCUGAUCAACAAUAGCAUCUUCGUCGCUAAAGACAAAGCUCCAUACGAAGAUGACCUCCAAAGCAAGGUCUUCCUUAACCCUGAUUAUCGCGUGGCUAUCGAUAAGAAGACCUCGCAGCUCAAGUUUCCUGCUCAGCCACCAAAGGCCAGCGACAAAGGUUCCGAGAGCACAAGGAUAAUGGUUGAGUCGCUCGCGAAGGCUAAUGCUUCUGACGACUCAAAGAUCGGCGUCGACGUUGAGAACAUUGAAAGUUUCAACAUCGAGAACGAGACCUUCAUUGAACGGAACUUCACCGCAAGCGAACAAGAGUAUUGUCAAAAGGCCGCGUCUCCUCGGUCAUCCUUUGCGGGACGCUGGAGUGCCAAGGAGGCAGUUUUCAAGUCCUUGGGCGUUAGCAGCAAGGGCGCAGGUGCUCCACUGAAGGACAUUGAGAUUUCAUGCGAUCCAACCGGGGCGCCCGUUGUUAACCUCCACGGUGCUGCAGCUGAAGCCGCCAAGCAGGCUGGUGUCAAGCAAGUCAGCGUCAGCAUCAGCCACAGUGAUACCCAGGCAGUCGCCGUCGCCGUCUCGAAGUUUUAA